AUGCCCGUCGAGACAAGGAUGGCUGCUCUACGGAACCCGAAGGGAACAACCACUGUAUUGAGAAGGGGAAUAGAGAAAAUCAUCUACGACUUCUAUUUUGAUCUCUUCGACAACCAUGUCCACUUUCCUCCCCAUAAUUUGAGGAAAAGCGGACACGACAUGUCAUCAUGUCGGCAAGGAAUCGUACGGCACCCGGUCCCGACAGAUAAGACCAGAAUACCUCAAGAACUUUCCGCCAGUACUCAUCAACACCCUGGCGAGGCUCUUCACACGUUAUCUAUCGGAAUGCAAGGUUCCCAAACAGUGGAAGACCAGCAAGACCGUGUUGUUGUCUAA